AUGGCCCCGAGGGCGCUGCGGGCGCUGCCGCUGCUGCCGCUGCUGCUGCUGCUGGCCCGGAUGGGAGCGGCGGGCGCGGAGGAGAGCGCGGGCCCCGCUGUCCGUCUGUCCCGCCGUUACUCCGAGGCCACCCUGGCCAGCGAUUACAGCCGCACCAUGGACCACGUCCUGCGCAAGAACUUCGUGGAGUGGCUGCUGGCCCGGCGCGAGAGGAAAAGGCACGACAGCGCGGAGCUGCUCAGGAGGGAGGCAGAGCCCCCAAAAGGGGCCGGGGAUGGGGAAAAUUCGGAUUUGGGAGCUCCGGGAGCCAAAGGGCUCCCGGGAUGGCUCGGGAAAAACCGGGAAAAGCAGAGUUUUCCAGCUCUGGAAGGCUCCGAGGGCCUGAGGGAAUUUUGGGAGCAGGAAUUCCUGACGUGGCUGAUGUCGGGCGAGCUCUGCAGGGCCACGGCUGCGUAGCUCCAGGAUUUCCAUGGAAUUACCACAGGCAUGGCGGGAGGAGCAGGAUUUUACCCGUGGUGAAAUAAAGGAGAAAUAACAAUAACAAUAAUAAUAAAGGAG